AUCAACAACCUAUAAAUGCCAAAACGUCCAUUUGCAUCUUCAACAUUGCAAUCCUUUGCUUCUAUACUCAAACAAUCUCUAAACUAUUCAAUGGCUCCCAAGGCAGAGAAGAAACCCGCCGAAAAGAAACCAACUGAGGAGAAGAAACCAAAGGCUGGAAAGAAGCUACCGGCAAAGGAUGGGGUAGAUAAGAAGAAAAAGAAGGCCAAAAAGAGUGUUGAAACCUACAAGAUUUACAUAUUCAAGGUGCUCAAGCAAGUUCAUCCAGAUAUUGGGGUAUCUAGCAAGGCAAUGGGGAUUAUGAACAGUUUCAUUAAUGAUAUUUUUGAGAAAUUGGCUCAGGAAUCUUCAAGAUUGGCUAGGAUUAAUAAGAAGCCUACUAUAACAUCCAGGGAAAUUCAGACUGCGGUUAGAUUGGUGCUUCCUGGUGAAUUGGCUAAGCAUGCUGUAUCUGAAGGGACUAAAGCAGUGACUAAGUUUACAAAAGAGAAGAAACCCGCCGAAAAGAAACCAACUGAGGAGAAGAAACCAAAGGCUGGAAAGAAGCUUCCGGCAAAGGAUGGGUUAGAUAAGAAGAAAAAGAAGGCCAAAAAGAGUGUUGAAACCUACAAGAUUUACAUAUUCAAGGUGCUCAAGCAAGUUCAUCCAGAUAUUGGGGUAUCUAGUAAGGCUAUGGGAAUUAUGAACAGUUUCAUUAACGAUAUUUUUGAGAAAUUGGCUCAGGAAUCUUCAAGAUUGGCUAGGAUUAAUAAGAAGCCUACGAUAACAUCCAGGGAAAUUCAGACUGCGGUUAGAUUAGUGCUUCCUGGUGAAUUGGCUAAACAUGCUGUAUCUGAAGGGACUAAGGCAGUAACUAAGUUUACUAGUUCUUGAAAUUUUUAGGGUUAUUUUGGAAAAUUUGGGAAACAAGGUUAUGGUUAUGUUUGCAAAUUUGGGAAACUAGGGCUAGGUAUUAUCCAAUGUUUAGAAUUGACGAUAUUUCUGUUUUUCUAUAUUGUAACUAAGCUGUUGUUGCUAAGUGAAUGAACAAAUCUACUUUUGGUUUCUUCA